CAGACAUGCGGAAGUCGUAAUGGUGUUUACCGGUGACGCUGACUCUGGAGCUGUAGAUAACUGCAGCUUGCGUCUGACAAUGCAAUGAAAUCGUCACUGUAAAUACAAAUUCAAUAGCCACAGAAUCGCAGAUUGAGUCGCGUGAGAGCAUGUUUUUGUCAGGCGUGUCUGCUGUUUAGCUUCGUGGAGACGAAGUUACGAGGACUUCUUCGGAGCUUUAGCUUAGCUACUCUGUCUCGCAGCAGGCGAGCUGGAUGCUUCCAAUGGUGACAGUUCAUAGCUAGGCUAAACACACACCCAAAAGAGGGACAAGAUGUUGGAGUCCUAUGUCACACCUCUCCUGAUGAGCUAUGUAAACAAGUACAUAAAGAAUCUGAAGCCAUCUGACUUGCAGCUGUCUCUCUGGGGAGGAGAUGUCGUGCUCAGCAAGUUGGACCUGAAGCUGGAUGUGCUUGAACAGGAAUUGAAGCUUCCUUUUACAUUCAUGAGUGGUCAUAUCCAUGAGCUGCGUAUUCACGUUCCCUGGACCAAGCUGGGCUCUGAGCCUGUCGUCAUCACCAUCAAUACCAUGGAGUGCAUUCUAAAGCUGAGGGAUGGAGACCAGGAUGACCAUGAGAGUGGGUCUAGUUCCACGAGUCGCAGCGUCUCAGAGAAUUCCAAGGUUGUCGGCAAGCCCCGCCGACUGCAGCAGGCUGCCCCCAGUGACCCGGACCUUCCCCCAGGUUAUGUGCAGAGCCUGAUUCGACGUGUGGUGAAUAAUGUGAAUGUUUUGGUGAACAACUUGAUAUUGAAGUACGUCGAGGAUGACAUUGUGUUGUCAGUCAACAUUACUUCAGCAGAAUGCUACACAGUGGACGAUGUGUGGGAGAGGGCCUUCAUGGACGUCACUGCUCCAGAACUCGUUCUUCGGAAAGUGAUCAACUUUUCAGAUUGUACUGUGUGCUUGGACAAACGGAAUGCAAGUGGCAAGAUCGAAUUCUACCAAGACCCGCUGUUGUACAAAUGCUCUUUCCGAACACGUCUUCAUUUUAGUUAUGACAACAUCAAUUCGAAGAUCCCCUCUGUCAUCAAAAUCCAAACCAUGGUGGACAGCCUGAAGUUGUCGAUUACAGAUCAGCAACUGCCCAUGUUUAUCCGAAUUUUGCAACUGAUUAUUGCGCUCUACUAUGGGGAAAUUGGUGGGCAUAAAGAAGCAGAACGAGAAGAGGGAAGCUGUCAUGUCAGGGAAGCUGGAACAAAUUUACCUGGGAUGGAUAUGGACAUAGCAAACCAAGUUCCGAGCCAGUACUCUAAUCAAGAGUUCUUCAUGGACUCGGGCCUUUCACCAGAUAGCAACCAGGGCUGGGUGUCUUGGGCGUGGUCAUUUGUUCCAGCUAUUGUGAGCUAUGAGGAGGGCGAGGAAGGUCUCUACCAGCAAAGAGAGACAGGGAACAUCCCAAACAAUCCCCAACAACACACACCCAAGGAUCCUAUUGUGUCAAUAGGCUUCUACUGCACCAAGGCUUCUGUAACAUUUAAGCUGACAGAAUCCCAGGCAGAGAGCAGCUACUACAGUCCCCAGAAGGUUAAGUCAAGAGAGGUCUUGGGCUUGGAACAAGAGGGAAUCACUCUUGAGGUGCUUAUGAAAGGAGAGCCCUUCUUUGACUGUCAGAUUGGCUUUGUGGGCUGCCGGGCUCUCUGUCUGAAAAGCAUCAUGGGAGUGCGGGAUUUUGAAGAAAACAUGAACCGACCUGAAGAGGAUGCAGUGUUCUUCAACUGUGGCGACACACUACACGGCAAAGGAAUGACCUACCUUACCAACUCUCUGUUUGACUACCGGAGUCCAGAGAACAAUGGCGUCAGAGCUGAGUUCAUCCUGGAUUCCGUUACUCAUAAGGAGACCUACACAGAGAUAGCAGGCAUGCAGCGCUUUGGUGCUUUCUACUUGGAUUACCUCUACACAAUGGAGAACAGCAGCAGCAAAGAUACUCAGGACUUCUCUGCGGUGAAUGUGGAAGAGGUACUGCCAACUAUUCAAGAAGCAUCCAUCAAGAGACUUGUGGUGGGACCUUUAGACAUCAAACUGCACAGUAGCGCUGUCCAUCGUAUACUUAAAAUGGUCGCCUGUGCCAUGGACCAUGAGUAUGAACCUUAUUGCAAACCGCAGCAAGAAAUGGUGGAGGAGAGUUGCUGUCCUGUCACCCCAGAAGAGAUUUCAAGAUUAGAGGAAUUUAUCCCCACCAGACUCACUUGUCUCACACUCCUCCAAGUCUCAGUCACAGUUUCUAUGGCUGAAUUCAACCUUCUUCACAUGCUAAUGCCUGUCAUCAAGGGGGGCAAGGCUACACCAGGACUGGUCAACAUAUCAGCAUUUCAGCCAGUGCGCCCCCUACCAGCUGUGCAGUUUCAGGUGGAGAGAGUGAAUGUUGAACAUUCGGUGCCGAUGUAUGCACUGGAGUUGGUCAGCACUGUUAGUUCUCUGAACCAGCCUCCUGACAACCUCCUACAUCACUGCUACGCACAUUUUUACCUCAAGGUGUUUGGGUUCCAGGCAGGCCUGACAUGCCAAGACGCUACAGGCGGGUUCCUUCCUCUCAUCCCUGUUAUUCCGUCCUUUAGCACAGCAAUUUAUGGGAAGAUGAUCCAGAAGCCUGCAUGCUGGAGUAAAAGGUCUUCGGUCCCCACCACAGAAUGUAUUUUGGAGCUUCCUCACUUCACUGUGCAGGCUACAAGAGCCCAGACGCAUUUGCUCCAAGCAAUCUGGCAGAGCUGGACACAUGGCAUGUUGAAUGGGGCACCCUCGACGCUCAGCGAAAGCCUCAUCAACGAGGUUUACAAAGCUCCAGGUGUGAAAUCUCUAGGCUCGUCACCGACUCUUGAGGGCUCGCUCCAGAAUCUUGAGCUGAAGUUCUGCAGCCGUGCAACAGUGAAAUGCGCCUCUGGAACCGUGGGAGCUGUAAAAGUGUGUGCCAGGACCCCAGGCUCAGGAGAAGUCGUAAAGGAGAAGCUUGUUCCUCUGAUCCAGGGCCCAUCCGACACAAAGGAACUUCAUAUGAGGCGAUGGCUGAAUGAGAGCCGCAAACCUGAAUCCCUUUUGGCUCCUGACCUGCUGGCAUUUUCUGUGCAAGUGCCACAGCAAGCAGACGACUGCAGGAACUCAGGUGCAGUUCUCUUGGCCAGUGUCCAGGGUAUAUCGAUCAACGUGGACCCGAUCAUUUGCGCGUGGCUUCUGCAUCAGCCUCAUAGAGGGAGCAGCAGGCAACAGCAACAGAAGCAAGGUCCAGGUCCAGUUCCCUUGGCAAAGCGGAGAGAGGAUGAGGUAUCGGUAGGCAGCACACCAUUGGUCAAGCAGCCCUCCAAUCAAGCUUCUGACUAUGCAAGCAGCCCUGUCAAAACCAAGACUGUCACAGAAUCCCGUCCCCUUUCCAUUCCUAUGAAGGUGAUGCCUGACACGACAGCCGCCGAGUUCUUGGUAACGUCAGAGGAACAGAUGAAGGAGCUCAUUGGCCAUGCUUGGGAUUCAGUUAAACGUCUUACUGUACAGCUGGAGCUGCAAUCAUGUUGUGUGUUCCUGCCCAAUGACAGCCUUCCAUCCCCAAGCACCAUCAUCUUUGGUGACAUUCCUGGUACGGUGCGUAGCUGGUACCACAACCAAAAAUCUAUGCCAGGAACCCUUGUGGUCUGCCUGCCCCAGGUCAGUGUCCUCAGUGCUGGGCACAAGUACAUGGAACCAGUGCAGGAGCUCCCGUUUGUGGUCUCCAAGCCCAUCCUAGAAGAAGGUGAUGCUUUCCCAUGGACAAUUAGCCUGAGUCAAUUUAGUGUGUACACUCUGCUGGGGCAGCAGCGCAGCCUGAGCCUCCUCACACCGAUUGGGUGUACUUCCACUUUGGCAGUCACGUCACAUAAGUCGCCAAACUGUUCAGAAGGAAGACACUCUUUUGUUGUCUGCCUCCAUGUUGAUCUGCAGCCCAUCCAAGUCAAGUGCUCCAAUCCUCAGGUGCAGCUGUUGUACAAGCUCCUUCUCAGCUGGACGUCGACAUGGGCUCGUCUCCAGAAGCAUGGUAUUUUACGUCAGUCUGCCAGUAUCCCAGAGCCCCCCGCUGGUGCUGCUCCAUCCUCUUCAGUACACAGCAGUGCUGGUACAGCUCUGCCUGAUACGAGCACCUAUAGCCCAUCUGCAGAUGUGGGAUCCCCUACUGAGGGUGAUUCGGUACCAGGAGGUGAUGAUGGUCCUUUUGCUGACACAGUGACCCUGGAACAGAAAACUAGCAGCAUUGGAGGAACGAGUGGAAAAGUCAGCCUUUGGAUGCAGUGGAUGUUACCCAAGGUUAUUGUUAAACUGUUUGCUCCUGACCCAGCAGUCAUAAAAACAGAAGUCUGCGUGGUCAGUGAACUGGAAGACUUGAGUGCCUCAGUAGAUAUCCAGGAUGUUUACACUAAGAUCAAAUGUAAAGUUGGCAGCUUCAACAUUGACCACUACAGAUGCAGUACGGAGGAGGGUGUUCGGCAGAGCUGUGGAGGAGUGGUCCUCUCUUGCACUGACAAGCUGAACAGGCGCACUGUGUUGGUUCGACCGGUCAGCAAGCAAGAUUCUUUCAGCCAAUUCUCUGGUUUUUUCCCUCCUACGGCAGCCAAGGUCUUGGAAGGCUCUCACCAGCAACAUGGAUUCUUAUCCAUUACCUACACACAGGCUGUCACCAAAAAUGUUCGUCAUAAACUCACCACGCGGCCUGAGAGGCCAGCACGCAGCGCUUCCACAGCUGGGCAGCGGAUUCCCGCUGAUCCACUGGCAGAUGGUUCACCUCAGUACCUGAGAGAAAUCCUUCUGACAGCUCAGCCGUUUGAUGUUGUUCUGUUCUGUCCUUUGUUAACGACUGUAGUUGGAAUAUUUCAGACGACAGUACCAAGACGCUACAAAGACCGUGGAAAGUCAGCAGGGCAGCCGAUGAGGAGCCACACAUUGACCUCUCGGUGUUUACCUCUCAUCUACAUCAACACCAAUUUAAUCAGGGUUUUCUGUCCUAGAUCACCUGAAAAAACUACGACACCAGAUCUCCAUGCGGAUAAAGAAGACACCUUGGUAUUAAAGUUGGGUUCCCUUAGCAUGGCUCCUCAGGCUGAUAACCCGCUCUCUCGCACUGUGCUGCGCAAAGACCUCUACCAACGUGCAUCAAACCUUGGUAUCCUGCGUGACCCAGGCUCAGAGGUUGAGGAUCGCCAAUAUCAAGUCGACCUUCAGUCCAUCAACAUUGGCACCGCUCAAUGGGAGCAACUCAAGCCAGAGAAGGAGGGAAUAAAAGGAGGUGUAUCCACGGACGGUGAGAGGAACUCUCAGAACCCGGCCCUGGAAUGGAACAUGGCCAGCAGUAUCAGGAGGCACCAGGAGCGUCGGGCCAUCCUGACACCCAUUGUGACUGAUUUCUCUGUCCGAGUGACUGCUGCCCCCGCCAUCAUCUUCAGCAAGAAUGUCUCCGUUGAUACUGGACAAGCAGAGGACUUAGUGGUGUGUGGCCAUUCUCUUGAGGUUAAUGUGACCAGCAGUCUGGAUUUUUACCUCAGCGUUGCUCAGGUGCACCUCCUUCAACAGCUUCUCAGAGACAACCUCGGAGGCAUGGACAUGCCUUUGCAAGGCACUGAGAUGCGUAAACAGGAGCAGAAGCAAAGCAGUCGAGGCUCCUUGACAGGAAUCGACUCUUCUUCUCGCCACAGCGGCAACGGGAAGGACAGCGGCUUCGGCAGCGAUAGCGCCCGCAUCCGAAUUGUCCAGAUUGAGCAGCAGAGCGGGACCAGUCACCACUGCAUAGCCAGGCCUUCCCAGAAGUCCACUAUUACCAAAAACCUCAACUUUAUUCCAUUCGACAUCUUUCUUACGGCUAGUAGGCUGUCUUUCAUGGCCUAUGAAUGCUCUAAUCUCCCACAGGCCCCCACUUCAUUCGACAGCUCGCAGGAUCGGAAAGAGCCCAUUGAAAAGGUGGGAAAGAGUGCUCUUAACCAGCCGGAAAUUCUGCCUGAGGCUCCUCCAGCCUCGACUUGCACAUCCCCAGACCCUGCUGCCCAGGUUACUCUGACAGACCUGACUGCUGAAGACAUCCUCAACAGCAAUGUCUCCCCGAUGCUGAGAGGCAGUCUGCUGUCCCUUAACUCCGUGUCAACCCCCAGCCGCUCCUCAGCACGGCAAGCGCUGGGGGUGACAAUUGUGAGGCAGCCCGGAAGAAGAGGGCCUGCUGACCAGGUGCUGGAACCGCUGCUGUAUCUGCAGGUGAUCCAACCUUCGGCUCUUCUUAGCUGCCACCACCGCAAGCAGAGAAUGGAGAUCUCUGUGUCCAGACAUCGAUUCCAUCUCUCUGUUCCCUUGACAGCUGAACUGCAUUUACAGUUCUCUCGCCCUUUGAAAGUCAACCCAACACUGGUCAAACUGGAGCAGACCAAAGCCUACCUGAACAAAGUCUUGCCAAACCACACGCGGAAAACGUCCAGCCCUCAUUCAUCCCCCACAAAGAUGCCAACCAGAGCCUUUUCCCCACCCCAUCAAAAUCAAGGCCACAGUAAAGCAAGCGGCAUCGAUGCCUUGGCUUUGUCCUUCCACAAGGUCUCGCUCCACACGACACAGAUUGUGAUUGUCCUGGAGACGGAGGCCCAUCCGAUGAGGCCCAGCGUGACCGUGUCUGUGUCAUCACUGAUGGGAAGUCUCAACUUAAAGACAGGCCCGAACAUUGAGGAUGCAGUGCAAUCUGCUUCUGUGCAGCUGGAGCUGCAAGAUGUGCUGAUGAGAACAGGGCUGAAGGACAGAAGUCACCUUCUACUGGGGCCGUUUUCUUGCAGCGGCUCGCUGGAGGCUAGGUGGUGUCGACACAGUGGUAGUCCUGGACCUGAGCCCGGUCCCCCUAAACUGCUGCUGGACCUGAAAGGAGGCCUGCUGCAGGUUUUCUGGGGACAGGAACAUCUUAACUGCCUGAGGCUGGUGGAGGAACACCUCCAAGCAUAUCACUCUGCACAGAAAGGGGACUCGCUGGAAAACUUCCCUAGAGGCCAGACCUUCCAGACCCAGCCACCGUCCUCUCCAGGUUCCCCCUGUUCUCGCUCAGAACACAGCUCUGAUGACCUGCGAACAGGACACUUUCAGUACAUCCAGGACUCAGGUUCCCAAAGAUGGCCAGGACCACAUGAGGUUGUGUUCUACGGUGAAACAGAAGAUAGCGGCGGACUAAUGCUGUGGAGGUAUCCUGAACCUCGUGUCCUCACCUUCAUCAGGAUAACUCCAGUUCCUUUCAACACCACAGAGGACCCGGAAAUCAGUAUGGCUGACCUAGGGGAUGCCUUACAGGUACCAUGCAGCCUAGAGUACUGGGAUGAGCUCCAGGAUGCCUUUGUUCCAUAUCGAGACUUUAGCCUAUCAGAGAGCCGUGCCUGCCAACUGCAGCUUCCCAGUCUCAGCUUCACUGAUCAGCAGAAGGAGCUGGUGGCCUCAGAUGUCUGGAGGAUCGUCCUCAACAAUAACAGCGAGGGAGGAGAUGAACAGAGUUCAGAUAGUGAUUCUGGAUCCCAACUACCGUGCGAUCAGUUGGUAUCGCCCAUGGCCCUGGCAGCGUGCACCCGUGUGGACUCCUGCUUUGCACCUUGGUUUGUUCCCUCCUUGGGUGUGUCCCUGCAGCUGGCACAGAUGCAAGUUCAUCUCUGCCACCAUCUAGAACAACUGGGAACAGUUCCAUCUCAAAAGCUUCGGCCCUUCCUGCCAGACAGAAAGAUACCUCAGAAACAAGAGUUCAUGGUUAUUGGUACUUGGGAGCCACACAUUUUCCUGCGUCAGUGGACCAGUGGCCCAAGGCGUUGUCAGGAAUUCAACUUUUCCACCCAGCUUGAAUGCAAGCUGCUGGAGUAUCGAAACUUAACACACCUGCAAGUUCUGCAACCCUGUGUAAUACAGGGCCACGCUACAGCCACAUGUUGUCCCCAAAGCAGUGUGUGGGAUGCAAACAUCUUUAUGGAGCCUAUGUUUGCCACGAUCAGUCAGUAUGCCAUCCACACAUUAGACACCGCCGUGAAAAGCUGGCAACAGAAUGGAAACCCAGAGGCUGAGGAACUACUUUACAGCCACUAUGUCAUCUGUAAUGAUACCCAUGAGACUCUGCGCUUUGGCCAGGUGGACACAGAUGAGAAUGUGCUACUGGCAAGCCUCCACAGCCACCAGUACAGCUGGAGAUCCCACAAAUCUCCCCAGCUGCUCCACAUCUGCAUCGAAGGCUGGGGUAACUGGCGCUGGUCUGAGGCUUUCAGUGUGGACAAUGUGGGGACCCUGCUCAGGACCAUUGAGUACAAAGGCCGCACAGCCUCACUCAUCAUCAAGGUGGUGCAGCUUAAUGGUGUCCAGAAACAGGUGAUAAUCUGUGGACGGCAGGUCAUGUGCAGCUAUCUAACUGAGGAUAUUGAGCUGCGGUUGGUGCAGCACUAUGUUGGCCCUGAUGCUCAGACGGUCGUCAGAGAACACUAUGACUGCCUGGAGGCAGGGACGAAGUUGCCUUCCUAUAUUCUGGAAGAUGCGGAACUGACAGAGUUGUGUGUGAGGGCCCGAGGAGAUGACGACUGGUCCCAGGAUGUGCAGCUCGAGAGGAAGGACAAGGGCACCAGCAGCUCUGUUGUACAGGUUCCAUGUUCUGGUUGUUCUUUGCUCUUUGUCUGGUGUAAUCUCAUCACGAUUGAGCCCGAUUCCCACAUGCAGCAACGAGUGGUUGUUUUUAGUCCACUAUUUGUCAUGAGGAGCCACUUGCCAGACCCAGUAAUCAUCCACAUAGAGAAGCGAAGCCUUGGACUGAGAGAGAGCCAGCUGGUUCUCGGACAAGGCCACCAGGAGCCCCUGUUCAACACUGAAGCAGACCUCACGCAUCACCUCACUUUUCAGGCCAGUGAGGAUAAGGACACUUCCCACUGUGCCGUGCCCAUCUCCACAAGCCUCAUCAAACAGAUAUUGGACAAGAAUGGCGAUGAGGACAACCUGGAGCGCAUCCUUGGUGAUUUUUAUGGUCAAAAAGCAUCCACUGAGUCAUCAUGGCCCUACGUCUCCAAAGACACUGACAGGUCAGUACCAGAGCCCCUUGCCCAGUGGGAUAGUCCCAUGCAAGUAAAGUUAUCGUGCUGGAAAUCAGGCCUGAGCACCUUGCUGGUGGAGUUGCUGCCUUGGGCCCUGUUGGCUAAUCACUCCCAGUGGGAUCUUUGGCUUUUUGAAGGAGAGACCAUUGUGCUCCAGAUACCAGCCGGCAAGGUUAUAGUCCCACCCAACGUCAAGGAAGCUUUCCAAAUCGGCGUCUACUGGGCUCAAACAAACACUGUCCACAAGUCUACAGCCAUGAAACUCGUCCAUGAUCUAACCUCACCUCGAUGGAAGGAGGGGACAGAUUCAGAGGUGAUAACGUUGGAUGAGGAAGGAUACGUAGAGGCUAACAUCACCCUGGGAGCUGUCCCUGGCAGACAGAAGCUAUGUCAGUUCUGUGUGUCAUCCACGGUGAAACAUGGCAUCCAGAUUCUCCAGAUAGAGGACAGAACAAUCCUUGUCAACAGCACUCCUUACACAAUACACUACAGGCCUCUGCUGACUGACCACAGGCUGGGAAGUGACAACCAGGCCUAUGACGUACCAGAGACGACAGCAUUCGACUUGGCUCCCUCUGAGCCGUCAUCUCCGAGCAAACCUUGCUCUCUGCCAUGCUGGGAUCAUCUUCAAACCAGCAAUCAGGGAAAAAUGGAGUUCCCCUUGCCAGUGAAAUGCAUGCUUUUCAGUUCAUUAUCAAGGCCUGAUGCCAGACAUGGGCCUACAGCAUGGAGCCUCCCCGCACUCAUCCGACCAGACUUCCUUCGGCAGAGCAUGUCGGUUCCUGGUGAAACAAGCUCUGGGGGUGGCCCGAUCAGCAGGGCCAUAGUCUUGACGUACCAGGAGCACCUCGGAGUGACAUACAUUACUCUAAAUGAGGAUCCUUGCCCUCCCAUGUUGGUUCACAACAAAUGUCCUAUUCAACUUUUGCUUAAGGAGAAUGUCAAAGAGACUCCAAGGACUGAAGUGUACUGUUGUCUUCUUCCUGCAAAUAGCUCUGUGCACCAUGAGCUCUACCAUCACUUUUCUAGUUUCCCCGACUGCAGGCAGAGAGAAGCACUGCCCACACUGUUGCUAAAAACCACAGCAGAUGUUGGCAGCACAGACUGGACCGACCCUAUUGACAUCAAUUGCCCUGGUACUCAGGUGGUGUUCCUGCCAGGUUUUGGUUGUCUCUACAUUGAUGUGGGAUAUGAGAGAGGCACCUUGGUUCUUUCUCUUUCACCAGAGGGCGGUGUCGAUUCUGUAACCAACCAGCACAGCAGGUCAACCAAGCUGUCCUUAACUUUCCUUUUGAGUGAGGCCAGCGUAGUGUUGAGUGAUGAUAUCACCAGCCCCUCAGGUUCAGUGGAGCUGCUAAGACUCACACUGACCAACCUUUUCCUCAGACUGACCCCAGCAUCCACCUCGCUGCCCCCCGACGUGACCCUCGAGCCUGGGGCAGCUACGGAAUCCAUUUUUACUCUGAUGCGUGACGCCUCACUGAUCGAGGUUUACUGCUUGUGCCUACAAGUGGACAACCAGCUGUACAACCGUGCAAGCUUCCACUUCCCCGUGCUGCUGUGCCAGGAGCAGAGGGGAGUGGCCGAGCCCAGGAAUCAAUGGAGUAACCAUGACAUUCCCACUGAGACUCCUGAACUCCUGGAGGAGUUUAAGCGUUCUUGUUUCCUCCAGCUGAGGCUAAUCCUGGCUGUGGACAGAUGCACUCUGGAUGAGGUCAAUUUCCAGGUGCAGCCCGCUAGAGUGUACCUUGAAGAUACAUUUGUUUACUAUGUUAAAACCUUGUUCCACACCUUCAUCCCCGACUCUGCGAUUGCCUCAGUGAAGCCACAGAAGUGUCAAGUAGAGUCAGCCCCCAUCCUCCCUCAGCAGGUACUUCAGUCAACACAGGCGCUGGUCCGGCCUGUGCGUCUGCACAGGCUGACUAUUCAGCCAAUCCACCUGCUGGUCAGCAUCCAUGCAUCCCUCAAGCUCUACAUUGCCUCAGACCACACUCCUUUAGCCUUCUCCCUGUUUGAGAGAGGGCCACUCUGCACUACAGCCAGACAGCUGGUCCACGCUCUGGCGAUGCAUUAUGCUGCUGGGACCCUCUUCAGAGCCGGCUGGGUUGUGGGGUCUUUGGAGAUCCUGGGCAGUCCUGCCAGCCUGGUGCGCAGCAUCGGUAAUGGCGUGUCCGAUUUCUUCCGCUUGCCGUACGAGGGUCUGACUCGCGGACCCGGCGCCUUUGUCAGUGGCGUCUCCAGGGGAACCACUUCUUUCGUCAAGCACAUCUCAAAAGGCACCCUGACAUCCAUCACCAACUUGGCAACCAGCUUAGCCAGAAACAUGGAUCGGCUGUCUCUGGAUGAAGAGCACUACACCAGGCAGGAGGAGUGGAGACGGCAGCUCCCGGAGAGUCUGGGUGAUGGACUCAGGCAAGGCCUGUCACGACUUGGCAUUAGUUUAUUAGGAGCAAUAGCGGGCAUUGUGGACCAGCCCAUGCAGAAUUUCCAAAGGAAUUGGGAGAUGCAGAGCACAGCUGGUAGUAGAGCCAAGGGCGUCAUCUCUGGCGUGGGCAAAGGAAUUGUGGGGGUUUUCACCAAGCCCAUUGGAGGAGCAGCUGAACUGGUGUCCCAGACUGGAUUUGGGAUCCUCCACGGAGCAGGACUGUGGCAGCUUCCGAAGCAACUUUACCUGCCAGCAGAGGAGAAAUCCGCCGAAGCCCCCAACAGCCACCUUAAAUAUGUUUGGAAAAUGCUGCAGUCUUUAGGACGACCAGAGCUGCACAUGGCCUUAGAAGUGACCAUCGUCAGCGGGUCGGGCCAGGAGCAUGCUGGAUGCCUGUUGCUUACCUCGGAGGUCCUCUUUGUGGUCAGCCUCAGUGAGGACACGCAGCAGCAGGCCUUCCCCAUCACGGAGGUCGAGUGUCAGCAGGAGGCGGGACAGCAUGGGCAGCUAACGCUCACAUUGCAGCAGCAGACAGUAGCCCGUGACACAGAGGGCGAAGGUGUGCGGGAGCGUCUAUCGGAGCAACAGUAUCAGCGCCUGGUGGAGUACGUGAAGCGUACCUCCCAUUAUUUCCCUCCCUCUGCUUCAUCACUGCAGCUGCCGCCUCCAGUGACGCUCGCUGAGCCGCCAGCCUCUCUCACCAAGUCAUACCGCUACCUGGUUGAUCCCGCUUUUGCCAAGGUAUUUGUAAGCAAGUUCACCAUGGUAAGGGAAAAAGCCUUACGAAUCGGAUUCCACCAUCUGUCUUGCUGAAAUGGAUCAGCUGCACUUUUUAAGAUAACCAAUUAACGCCACAUAUACCCAAAAGGAACAGUUUGUAUUACUUGAGGGGAUCAACCAAGUGUGAAAACAUCAAGCAUUGCCUUCAUGAUUUUCUACUAAUAUAAACAUGAGAACUGUAAAGCAGAUACCAGAACUCUUUUUUUUUUUUAAUUCAUUGUCCAUAAAUAGAGGAAAAGGAAUUCUUGUCAGCUAUAAUGUUGAAUUAAGCCACAAACACCAGCUGCCAACCAUAUAUGAUGUAACAUGUUUCACAGUACCACUGUACUUUGUCACUGUACAUAAUGCCAAAUCCUGCUGUUUUCGCCUUUUAUAGUGUUAUUGUAUUUCUGGGUUUCAGUAUAUUGUAUAAGGUUUCAGUACUAUGCCUUUCAAAUUAUAUUGAGAGAAUAUGUUAAUAAUAAAAAAAUAACUACUGAG